ACACAAGGAAGAGCUAAGAUCUCUAAUCUCUUAGACUUCUACAUGAAUUUCUAGGUGACACCAGCCAUUACCGCAACAAUUUUCUUUUGUAAAGUGAAUAUCUUUUUACUGUUUGUUGAAUUACCCCCCAAAAUUAUUCCAUACUUCAUUAUAGAGUCAGGUUUUAUCAUCUCUCACAAUUAGUAAAUUUUAAUUAGUAUACUGAAACGUCUAAGGAGCAAAUGUGAAGUUUCCUUACAACGAGGAAUUUUCAUUACCACAGUUGGCUGCUGUUAGUUGACAUAAACAAAUGCCAUCCAAGAAAUUAUCACACUUAAGCACGUAUAGGAAACUAGGUUAUGUAUAAACUUGAUUAUCCAAAGUGUACUUCUGGCAUAUAUGAGUAUUGAAGUAUUUAUGAAGUGCAACAAUUUCCACAAUGACCGGUCGCAUGCAGCACCUCUUCGUAGUGGUUUUUUUAUCGGUAUUGUUACAUCAGAGUGAUGUUGAUAAUUCUCGGUAUAGCUUCAACGUUGAGUGGAAUGAUAUAGAAGCUUCUGUCAUGAGAACAUUUAUUUUAUUCUAUUAUAAAGUGGAUGGAACAAUUGAACUAUAUGACACAAAGUAUAGACGGUUAUUUCUCAGACGCACAAAAUGUGAUGGUAUUACUCUCAGUGAUCUGUACAUUGGUGCAACAGUGAACAUAUUCUCAAGACAGAUGAAAGUUACUGGAUUUUCAGAUGAAUACACACAUUUGCAUCUAGGGAUUGUUAAACAGAGGACAUUUGCAAUGCUAAAACCUGAUAUUGUAGAUAAAAUGGGCCAAGUAUUAAAGUUGAUCAUACAAAAUGGCUUUAAAAUUACAAAACUAAAAAUGGUACAAAUGACCAAGGAACAUGCUUUGGAAUUCUAUGCAGAGCAUAAGAGUAAACCAUUCCUGCCCUUUGGAAGACCAACAGCUUGUUUCAGCUUCCUGAUUGAAUACAUGACUUCAGGACCAGUUAUUGCAAUGGAGCUGCUUGCAGAUAAUGGAGUGGCAAAAUGGCGUGAACUUCUGGGACCCACUGACUCGGAACAAGCACGUAAAGAUGCACCGGGCAGCAUACGAGCUCGAUUUGGCAUAGACAAAUCAUUUAAUGCAGCUCAUGGUUCAGAUUCAUGUACAGCUGCUGAAAGGGAACUUUACAUUUUCUUCCCGACAAGUCGAAUUGCCCAAUACGAGUCUCCACGUUCUACAGCCACUUUCAAGAAUACCACCUGUUGCAUCAUCAAACCACAUGCUGUUCAGGAAGGUCUGUUAGGAGAUAUAGUGUCAGAAAUACAGGAAAAUGGCUUCAAGAUAACAGCAAUCCAAAUGUUCUACAUGGAGCAUCCGAAUGCUGAAGAAUUUUAUGAAGUUUACAAAGGCGUUGUGGCAGAGUACUCGGGAAUGGUGAACCAAUUAGUGUCAGGGGCAAGUGUGGCGGUGGAGGUCACAGGGGUUGAUGGUGCCACACCGAGUAACUUCCGUGCCUUCGUGGGGCCCACAGACCCGGAAUUAGCAAGGGAAUUGCGUCCCAAUACGCUCAGAGCUAAAUUUGGCAAAACCAAAGUACAGAAUGCAGUACACUGUACAGAUCUUCCAGAAGAUGGACUUUUGGAGGUUGAGUAUUUUUUCAAACUCCUGCAAUAGGCUGGCUAUAUGCAUUUCUCAUGAAGAAUAAAGAAUCUUCAAUGUUGCAUAAGAAGACGGAAUACUGGAUGCGAAAUGUUUCAGGCAUGAGUAAAGACUGCAACUUAUCAUCUUGUUUCAUCUGCAUUGUGCCGUUAUAUACUACUUGAACAUAAAAGAUUUAUGUGUAUGAUGUAGGUCUAUUUCACAGGACUGCACAUAAACUUCUGUUUGCAUUUUUUAUAUCACGUCCUUUGCUGUGAAAUUUCCACUCAUUUACCUUCAAUGAACUAAAGGAAACUGUAAAGAUUUAUAAAACUGUAUUUUAAUCUGUGUGCUUUUAAAUAUUUUAAUGUACUACAUAUAUGAAUAAAAAUAUAUUUUCUUCUGCA